AGUUGGGGCAGACAUGGCGAACCGCUGCCCCGUGGCCGUCGCCCUCAGUAAGGGCCACAAGGUGACGAAGAACGUGUCAAAGCCCCGGCAGUGCCGCCGCAGAGAGCACCUGACCAAACACACUAAGUUUGUGCGAGACAUGAUCAGAGAGGUCUGUGGCUUUGCUCCCUAUGAGAAACGUGCUAUGGAAUUGUUGAAAGUUUCCAAGGACAAACGUGCUCUGAAGUUCAUAAAGAAAAGGGUUGGUACUCACAUUCGGGCCAAGCGAAAACGUGAAGAGCUCGGCAAUAUUCUGGCAGCCAGGAGGAAGGCUAUUGCCAAGUUGCAAAAACUCUUGUAACUCAUUAAAGUG